GGCCGCACCAUGCACGUGAACGGCAAAGUGGCGCUGGUGACCGGCGCGGCGCAGGGCAUCGGCCGAGCGGUGGCAGAGGCGCUGCUGCACAAGGGCGCCAAGGUAGCGCUGGUAGAUUGGAAUCAUGAAGCAGGUAUGAAGUGUAAAGCUGCUCUGGAUGAGCAGUUUGAACCUCAGAAGACACUAUUCAUCCAGUGCGAUGUGGCGGACCAGGAACAACUGAGAGAUACUUUCAGGAAAGUUGUAGACCACUUUGGAAAACUGGACAUUUUGGUCAAUAACGCCGGAGUGAAUAAUGAGAAACACUGGGAAAAAACACUGCAGAUUAACUUGGUUUCUGUUAUCAGUGGAACCUAUCUUGGUUUGGAGUACAUGAGUAAGCAAAAUGGAGGCGAAGGUGGCAUCAUUAUCAAUAUGUCAUCUUUGGCAGGACUCAUGCCAGUUGCACAACAGCCUGUUUACUGUGCUUCGAAGCAUGGCAUAAUCGGAUUCACGCGCUCAGCAGCGAUGGCUGCUAUUCUUAUGAACAGUGGUGUGAGAAUGAAUGCCAUUUGCCCAGGCUUUGUCAAUACACCCAUCCUUGAAUCCAUUGAAAAAGAAGAAAACAUGGGACAAUAUAUAGAAUAUACGGGCCCCAUCAAGGAUAUGAUGAAAUACUAUGGGAUUUUGGACCCAUCGAUGAUUGCCAAUGGAUCAAUAACCCUCAUUGAAGAUGAUGCUUUAAAUGGCGCUAUUAUGAAGAUCACAACUUCUAAGGGAAUUCAUUUUCAAGACUAUGAUGCAACUCCAUUUCAUGUAAAGGCUCAGUGAACAUCUUAUUUAUCAGCCAUAAUUGAAAAUAAUCACAAAUGACUCAUAUUCAGACCAUAUCUUCAUUUGGAUAUAGCUUUUAGAAUGAAAUGUUAUUGUGUGACACUUUCUUUCAUACAUUUGAUGUUAGCUUUGUUUCCUACAUGAUUAGUCAAAUAUAUAUUUCAAAAAUUAGGAACUGUCAAAAAUAUAAUGUGGACCAAAGCUAGGUUUUAUCCUUAAUGAUUAAAACAAAGGAUAUCCAAGGAAUAUUCUGCUUUUCAAAAAAUGUAUUUAAAUUCGUGGUUCAUAAAUAUUAAAGAUUUUUAGAACAUCAUUUUAAAUGAGAUACUUCAAUUGUUACUUAAAUAAAAACAGAUGUAAAA